AUGGUUGAGACAUUCGCGGAGUUGGAAGCUCGACCGAAGUUUCAUUCGUGCAACAUUCAAGCUGUUGCUAACAUAAUGCAGGUACGUACCGAGGAGAAGUUCAAUAGAACAUUCGAGACGAUUGUCGCUUAUGACGACUUUGCGCAGAAGGUUCACUUCAGCAGCGAUCUGAUCUGCAAGGUCGAACUUGGUGGACGGUACAUGCUCGCCUACGCCAACGCAGGAGGCAUUCAAGAGCCGCAACUGCCACCAGUCAACGGGAUGCCUCAGGCAGGACCGGUCACUGAAGCUGCUCAACGUCUAGCUCGAGAUUAUAAAAUCGAGAUUUGA